AUGGCUCUAUUUCUGAAGCAAGUACCCUACGACCUUAUAAAUGCUAACCUUUUCGUGUUUCUUUCAUGCUUCAUCAGCAUGCUGCUGGUGUUUAAGCUCACAAGAAGAAGCAAAUCGAAUCUACCUCCAUCCCCACCUAAACUCCCGAUUAUUGGUAAUUAUCAUCAGUUAGGAACACUUCCUCAUCGUUCCUUUCAAGCUCUAUCACAAAAGUAUGGUCCUCUAUUGUUGUUGCAGCUUGGUCAGCUUCCUGUUUUGGUCGUCUCCUCUGUAGAAUUCGCCAGAGAAGUCAUGAAAACUCAUGACGUAGUUUUUGCGAGCCGACCCCACCUCACAGCAACAAAAGUCUUACUCUAUGGAUGUAAGGACGUUGCAUUUGCAUCCUAUGGUGAAACCUGGAGACAGAAAAGGAAACUCUGUGUACUUGAAUUGCUGAGCAUGAAAAGGGUGCAAUCUGUUCAAUUCAUUAGAGAAGAGGAAGUUGCUGUGUUGGUUAGUAAGAUACACAAAGCCUGUAAUAAUGGUUGCUCUGUGAACCUUAGUGAGAUGCUUAUUACAACCGCGAACAACAUAAUCUGUAGAUGUAUAUUCGGAAGGAAGUAUGAUGAAGAAGAUGGCUCUGUUAAUUACAGACUCAGAGAGCUUAUGAGGAGGACGAUGAUUCAAGUUUCAGAUUUCAAUCUGGGAGAUAUGUUUCCUUUAUUGGGUUGGAUUGACUCUCUCACUGGCCAGAUUAAAAAAUAUAAGGCCACUUUUGAUGCAUUUGAUGCUUUCUUUGAUCAUAUAAUUGCAGAGCGUAAGACGGCAAGGAGGGACUCUGAGAAGAAAGACUUCCUCGACAUUCUCCUUCAACUUGAAGAAGAUGGUAUGCCAGAGUUUGAGCUCACCCAAGAUGACCUAAAAGCGCUCAUUUUGGACAUGUUUUUGGGAGGAACUGACACAACUUCAACAACAAUAGAAUGGACUAUUGCAGAGCUUGUAAAAAAUCCAGUGACAAUGAAGAAAGCGCAGGAGGAGGUAAGAAGAGUUGUAGGGAAUAAUCCAAAAUUAGAGGACAAUGAUGUUAAUCAAAUGGAAUACGUGAAAUGUGUUGUGAAAGAAACUCUGAGGUUACAUCCAGUUGCUCCUCUUUUAGCUCCUCGAGAAACAACAUCAAGUGUUAAACUCGGAGGAUAUGAUAUUCCUGAUAGAACAAUGGUUUAUGUCAACGCAUGGGCAAUUCAGAGGGACCCUAGAUUUUGGGAAAUGCCUGAAGAAUUUCUACCCGAGAGAUUUGAAAACAGUGAGGUGAAUUUCAAUGGUCAAGACUUUCAAUUUAUCCCAUUUGGUUCCGGAAGAAGGAAAUGUCCUGGUAUGACGUUUGGGCUUGCUUCCGCCGAGUAUAUGCUUGCUAAUCUUCUAUAUUGGUUCGAUUGGAAGCUACCUAGAGAUGGUGCAACUGUUCAAGAAUUGGACAUGAGUGAGAAAUAUGGGCUCACUGUUAACAAGAAAGUACCUCUUUAUCUCGAACCAAUGCCGUACUUCAAUCUCUAA